CAAGGCUGCAGGGCUCAGUGUUUGAACAAGGAAUGAUUCCCAGGUGUACAGAAGAUUGGAUUCGCUCUUAUUUGGGUUGAACACGGUGAAAUGAGAUUUUUAAAGCUCGCGGACUCCAGCUCGCCUUCUGUUGCUCCCGAUCUCGGCGAGAUGGGUGAGUUAUUCCCGUUAGAAAAGAAGGGAAUGGAAAUUUAAGCAAAAAAAAAAUGUCUGAAUAUAUAACUGCUGAGGCUGGGGAUAGGAAUCGCAGGAUGCUGCUGAGCUAGUGAUCUUGGCUCUUAUGUGGAGAUCAGGCCAUAUGUCAGAGAAAUGGUGCAGACCGAAAGCUGUUGACAACUGUUAGAGGCUGUUUUCCUUCCCCCCCUUCUUAGGUUGGUUGUUUUUUCCCUACCAUCCUUUUAAUCAGCCCUAGCCCUGCCUGCCUGCCUGCCUUCAUUUUGCAGAUGGAGAACGUGCCUGUGUAUUAGGAAAACCUUGCCCAACGAAUUGAAGCCCCGGUGAAAAAGGACUCUUUGCAACAACAGGAGGGGAACGCGAGGGAAAAAAGGCUGGGGUCUAGGACUGCCUUCAUUGCUGCCUGAAGGAAGCUGGCACGGUCCAUGGUGCUGAAUCCUGCAUCUCUUCCAACCCUCAUCCUCCAGCCGCCUCACGCUGAGCCCUGGGCACCGGCGGGGCUGCUGCGUUACUGUGGAUGAGAGCAGAACCCCGGUGCGGUGGGUAAGUCGCUGCGCUCCAGCUUCAGCCAGUCAAGGGAAGAAACUGAUCCAUUACGUUGCCUUGAUGACAGCACCACCGACAACAAAACAAACCUAGUGAAUGGCAAGGCUGGGACAGAGGCGGAGGUGGUUUUGAAACAAAGAUGUCACUGGCUGCACACCUACAUGCAGUCUGCUAAUGGAAAGACGCCUGCGAGUGUGGAUCGCUAAUUAGGGGUGGAGGGAUCCCCCCCCCAGACCAGGGAUUGAAAUUAAAACAACACAUUUCUUCCCCACCUCCCCUUCCCGACCCUAACCAUCCAGCCAACCAGCUGAUGCGCUUGUCGGGCUACUGACAAAGAAAAGGCAAGUCAUUGAUUCUUGCAACCAGGAUAGCUGUGACUGCUGCCGUUGAACUUUCCUCUCCAGCCCUGUGCUCUUGGGAUGUUACAGGUCACACGCUGAUAUUAAAGGGACCCUUCUGUCUUCGUCAGCUGGCCAGAUCGAAAGAGCUUGGUGGACCGAUCUUACGGCCAGAGCCUUCAGGACACUGCAAGGGAAGAUUCCUUGCCCUGACCCCCAGACUCCUUCCAUGCCCAUGCAGCGGGGGGCACACACCUCUGUACAGGCACGCCUCUGUUUUUAAGUGGGAAGCUCAGAUUCUUCGCCGGGUCUGCACUUGACAUGCUCUGCGCUGGAAGAGUGGAGCCAUAAGAGAAGGGGGUGAGUCUCCAGGAUUGCCUCCAGGCCAGAACUUCGUAGAGCUUUUCCAGGCUCCGGCGGCUUGGAUGUGAACCCGCCCGAGUUGUUGACAUUGAAGGCAGACGCGCUGUCAAGUGACUCCCAGCAGCUGCUCCUGGAGGUUUCCGCGGGGUCUCGCGUGGAAGGGCUUUGCCUGUUGUGAAGAUGUCCAUGGUGUUGCUGUGAAGCUGAGGUAUGGCUGCGGGAAGGUUACUGCUCUAUGCUGGCCUCUCUCUAGCUUUGUGUGCCCUGGGCAUGCUGGCGGUGGCAAUCUGCUCCGACCACUGGUAUGAAACGGACGCCAGGAAGCACAGAGAGAGGUGCAAAAGCUUCACCACCAGGAGAAACGACCCUGGCUUCAUUUACAACUCCAACAACAACCUGCCUCUGAGGGCCAGCAGAUCUAGGUUGGACCGCUGGGAAGGGAAACUCCUCUUGGCAAGGAACAGGAGGCAGCUCUUUGCAAUGAGCGCCGCCGAUGAGUGCAACAGACAGUACAACUCAACCAACAUGGGGCUCUGGAGGAAAUGCCACAGACUGGGCUUCGACCAAGAGCUGGAGGAGCUGAUUGCCAAAGGAGCAAUUGAUCAGUGCACGUACAUCAAGUACCACUACUCCUCAGCAACAAUUCCCAAGAACCUCACCUACAACAUCACCAAGACAAUCCGCCAGGAUGAGUGGCAUGCCUUGCACCUGCGUAGGAUGACGGCUGGCUUUAUGGGCAUGGCUGUGGCCAUCAUCCUCUUUGGAUGGAUUAUCGGGGUGCUGGGGUGCUGCUGGGAUCGAGGCCUUAUGCAGUAUGUAGCAGGGCUUCUCUUCCUCAUGGGAGGUACCUUCUGCAUCAUUUCACUGUGCACUUGCGUGGCUGGAAUCAACUUCGAGCUCUCCCGCUACCCCCGCUACCUGUACGGACUUCCCGAUGACAUCAGUCAUGGCUAUGGCUGGUCCAUGUUCUGUGCGUGGGGAGGCCUGGGCCUCACUCUUAUAUCGGGCUUCUUCUGCACCCUGGCCCCUUCUGUCCAACCUGUCCCCAGGACCAACUGCCCCAAAUCCAGACCUGAGAAUGGGACAGUGUGCUAAAAUAAAUAAAUAAACAAAUGUGUGUAUAUAUAUAUAUGUAUACACAUACAUACAUAUAUAUAUGUAUAGAUAUAUUUAUCUCAAACUGAUGCCAGUGCCAAGGUAGAGCUCAGUUCAACAUGGCACCUGCAUCUCCACAGGACUUUCUGUUGCUUCGUUCUUUCUCACAGAGAUGGGAAAGCUUUUCUGUAACAUGGCUCUUCCAUCUAACUCUUAACUUCAGUAUCAUAAUGUAAAGGUCAAGUGAAAAUACUGUUGCAUCUAUCUACUGCCACCUGGGGUGGGUGGGGAAGCAGGUUAUAUGGAGGAUGUGAAACCUGAGUCUGUACAGGACGUGGGGAACCAAAAACUAUCAACUGCAAGGCAAGAGGAGAAUACAAGCAACAAGCAAAGAAAUGAAUCAACCAUCUGAGUCACCUCUAGAAUGUAACCUCCUCGAGGCCAUUUUCAAACCCCUAACACCUUUAAAAAAACAAACUGUCCCAUCGUUAUUUUUCUUCCUGCCUAAA